AUGACUGUUCGUGCUAAGAACCAGGUCUUCGCAAUCCGAUCAGCGAAUCAUGAAAUGGACCUCAACAUCGUCUCUGCUAUCAUGUCCAGUGAUGAAUGGCCGUUAUAUACGGAGACCUCAGGACCCUUCUUGGAUGGCGAGACCGAACCAGUACUCCAUGACCCCGAUUCGCUGGAUGCGCUGGUGGCGGCAUUGGUGGGAGGCAGCGAUGAUGGCAUAGCCUACCUGGGAAACAUCAAUCCAGACGACUUGGUGGCAACGGCAGGCUCCGAAACUACAGCAACCACUUCGGAGUCGUUAGAGCAAACAUCGGCGCUUUUACAGUGUGACCUGCUGGAUACAAAGGAAAGGCGUAGGGCUCAGAACCGAGCUUCCCAACGAGCAUUUCGACUUCGCAAAAAUGAACGCGUUCAGGAACUGGAAGAUAAGUUGAGUGGGAUGAAAGACGAGAAAGCUGCUUUUGAGAAGGAGAUUGAAGCCCUGAAGGCACAGCGGGCCAGAUUAGCAGAGCACCUCACACGUGCGAAAGAUAUCAUUGCUGCACUGCGGAUUGUCUGUGGAGGCGACCGGACCGACCGAAAGGACACAGCUGAUGUGUUCAGCAUUGGAUUGUGA